AUGUCGGACUCCACGCCGACAGAACAGUUUGUCUCCAAAAAGGAGUCGGACCAGAACGAAGACUUAAAACAGAUCCCCACUAGGCCCCGGGGAGCUCAGAAGGCAGGAAUCCUGGGCACACCGCCCUCAAACCCCAGGGGCGCGGGGGCUCAGGGAGGUCAGCCGGCCCGCGGGCGCACCUGCUGGCUCUCUGGCCUUGGGCGGUUGAGCGCCUUCUCCGGUCCCGCUUCUCUGGCACCAGGGGGUGUCGACCUUUUGCCAGAUAUUUUACCGGCAGAAAGGGAUUUAUUUGGGAGGAACGGAGGACUGCAACCUGGGAUUGCAAGCCACCGCAGAAACCGUGUGGUAGGGGGCCUCUUCCCGAGGUCGCUGAGGUCGGCUCACCGUCUCCGGGCUCCGGACACCCUUCGGUACCUGCUGUGGGCAUGUUUCUCCUUCGGGAAGAGCCAGGUGUCAGGUUCCCCACACGAGGCCUCGGUGUGCGUCCCGAUGCCCCAGCUCGCCCAGCGCCUGGCUGCCAGGCACGGCGCCCGGCCAGGGGCAGCCGCACACCAGCCUGGCACUGGCGAAACAGCGGACUUCCUGCGGUCCACCACCCCCAGGGAGACCCCCCGCCUCCAGGCUGGCCCUCCCUACGCCCUGGGGUUUCCUGCGGCCUCUUACGUCCUCUCCGUGAUUUCUCAGUUGUGGUACGGGUGCCCCCUAAUGUCCCAGGCAGGACGCUGACUGACGCAGUCGCAGAGGUGCUCUUCCAGAAGGUCUGUGACCAACUGCAACAUGAUGUAUAGCUCAUGUCUAUCUGCAUCUGUGGCUGUGUCUGUAUCUAAUCUAGCUGUGGAGACCUACCUACUUCCUAAAAACAUGGUAACCAUCGGGGUGCCUGGGCGGCUCAGGCAGUUAAGCCUGGGACUCCAGCGCAGGUCAUGAGCUUGUGGUCCGUGAGUCCGAGCCCUGUGUUGGGCUCUGUGCGGACAGCUCAGAGCCUGGAGCCUGCUUUGGAUUCUCUGUCUCUCUCUC